CGGCGUCGCCAGGGGCAGGAGCGCGUCGUCGCCAAGGCGCGAACGCUGGGGCUGUGCGGAGGCGUGGCGGCGCGUCUGCUCCGAGUCUGCUCCGAGUCUGCUCUGACCUGGCUGGCCUGGCAGCGACACGAUGAGCCUGGCCCUGAGGAAUGAGCUCUCAGUAGACAAAACUAAAAAGAAGAAAAGAAGAGAACUGACUGAGGAACAGAAGCAAGAAAUUAAAGAUGCCUUUGAAUUGUUUGAUACAGACAAAGACAGAGCAAUUAAUUACCAUGAAUUAAAGGUGGCAAUGAGAGCCUUGGGUUUUGAUGUGAAAAAAGCUGAUGUCCUGAAAAUACUUAAAGAUUAUGAUCGAGAAUCAACAGGCAAGAUCACCUUUGAAGAUUUUAAUGAAGUUGUGACAGAUUGGAUAUUGGACAGAGACCCACAAGAAGAAAUACUCAAGGCAUUCAAAUUGUUUGACGAUGAUGACUCUGGUAAAAUAAGUCUGAGAAACCUGCGCCGGGUUGCUAGAGAGUUGGGUGAAAAUAUGUCUGAUGAAGAACUACGGGCUAUGAUUGAAGAAUUUGAUAAGGAUGGAGAUGGAGAAAGUACGUGUUGGCAAAUAAAACACCAUAUAAUCUUGUUCUUAAUUUUAUUCCCUUUUUAGGCGUUGUUUUGUUAUGAAAAUGUCCUCUUAAAUUUCCUUCUAGAUUACUUUAAUCUCAAACAUAAUUUAGCUUACAAAUAAUGCAGACUGUUGCUUUUGACAGCUACUAGUCCUGGAGUCUAAGAAUCAAGUUGAUUCACCACCAACUCUUACUCAACCAAUAUCUAUUAAAAGCUGGCUGAAAGUGUAGUUGAAGGUGGAGUAAUUGAACUGAUAUGUGAGAGAUUCUGUGUACCUACAUUACAUUUUUAUUUCCUUAUAAAUUAGUAGAAGUAUUAAAGUGCUGAGAGAAAGUCUUUUGAUCACUUACUUAAUAUAUCUGAAGUGGCAAUGUGUCGUGAUUUCAGCAUUGGAUAUGGAGCAUUAAGCUAAUAAAUCAUGCUGGAAGUACCCUGGGUAGGGUCAGCUUGGAUGGGUCUUUAACAUACUUCUGAGCCUUGGAGUGCUGAAAAGUAUAGUGUGAAAAAUGGCUCUGGAAUUGACAAGGCCCAUACAGAGUAGGCUGCAGAAGGGAUUUAGUGGGUAGAUAAAGAAUGAGUUAGCAAAUCCAGUUUGAUAAGAUGCUUAUUAAAUCACUGUGAACAUUGAAACUUAAAGAGUUUUUGAUUAACUUCAAAACAUCCUUAUUUUUACAUCAGAAACCUUAAUACCUGGAUUUUGAGGACCGCUCAUUUGAGACCUUGUACCUAAAGACUGUAUCAGUCCAUUGAAUAUCCUUCUUUCAGGGUGGUGACUUAUAUCUGAGAUUUCACUAGCAGUUCAUAAGUUUUCCUGUAAAAAUAAUAUUUACUCUUACGAGCAUCUGUUGGACUCAAAACUUGGAUGUACUUGUGGAAAAAAUUGUGUUGUCAGCCUUUAGACAGAUAGUCUUCUAUGGUGUUUGACAUAAGUGGUAUUUUUCAGAAGUUGUAGCUGCAGAGGUGAGAGUAGAAUUCUUUGUGCGAAUAUGUUUUGUCAUGUGUUGAUAUCCUGGGGCUGCCAAAUGAGAUGUCAGAAUCAUGGAUCAAUGUUCUUUUGUCACAUUGCUGCUUGGGUACUACAAAUGGAAUGUAGACCAUUAACCUCCUUUCAGGAGGGUUAUUGAGUCAUAAUUAUUUUGUGUCAGUGCUACGUUUUUUUAAAUUAAAUUGAUGAGCUAAGAGUAAGUGGCUCAGUUUCCUCUUAUUCAAUCAUCCAUUCAUUGUCUUUGUUAGAGCAAUUAAGUAGAAGAUUGAAUAUGGAAGAUUAACAGCAUAAUGUUUAUGUAUGGUACUGUUUAUCCUUAAAGUUCUGUGUGGUUUUGUGAUUCUUUAAAGAAAACUGAGGCUGUUCAUAGCUUUUUAAGAUUCAUUCUAAGAAGGUAAAUUAUCCUGUAAAUCACCAUUCCAUUUGUCUUCAAGCACCUGGGACACAUGGCAAAAUGUUGCUGUCAUCUAAUUCUCCUUACUUUCCUGCCCUCAAAAAAAAAAAAUCUGCAGCGGUUCAUUGUUAGCAUUUCUAAUUGAUAUGUCAAAUACAGAAAUAAUACCAUUUUUGGUUUAACAUCUUUAUUACAUUUGAGAGAUUGUUUUGCUCACAGUGAAAUAAGGUAUCUUGUGUGGUACUCAGGUUACAUGAACCCUUAUGUUCUCAGCGAAACCACUGAGCUCUACUGGUAGGCUGUAUAUAGACUUCUGUAAAAGAAAGUAUGUUUUUAUCUGCCUUAAAAAUGUAAACAAUCUUAUUUUGGUAUUCCUGGGUUUGGAAAUUACUUCUGGUUUUGAGCACAACUAACUUCAGAAACUCCAUGGUGUCAGCAUGCAAUUUUGAUCAUCUCGUGUGGAUGCACCUGUAGGAAACACUAUCCAGUCUCAUGUAUCGGAUUUUGGCACAGAAUUAAGAAAAAUACCCAAACCCACCGCUGAAAAAAUGUGUGCUCUUAACUCUCAAGAUUCUAAGUCAACGUUUUCUUUAUUUUAGCUGUGAUUCUAGUUUGUUCUUUUAUGAUCACUUAUAUUAUGGAGGUGAGGGAAAUUUGUUGCCAUGAAAAACUGUGCUUCCCCUUUCAUGGUGCUUAACUUGUGAACAGAUCCUCCUCUGAAGAGGAUUAACUGAGAUUACUUGGGUUACUGAGAAUCGUAACUACAUUGCUUUUUGAAGCUUCUUUGAAUGUUCCAAAAUUUGUUUGUCAUUAUAGUGUUGUAUUUCCACUUUGCAGCAUAGUUUCAAGGAUGUUGUAAACCAGAGAAUAUUUUGGAGACAGUGUUUGAAUUCGUUCUGUUACUGUGUUGUUACUGUGAAAAAGCUGUGGAGAUGCUUUUUAAAGUCAUACAGUCACAGUGGUUUUGUGUCUUAGACUAGAUGUAGCUAUGUGAUGGACCGGUACUUCAGAGCAUAGGGCCCUAAGGCUAAAUCUGCUUGUUUCAUAUUUUUUUACAUGCAUCACAGCAGGGCAUAUUUAGGCUUUUUGAUUUUUUUAUUCUUUAACAUAGUUGAAUUUAAUUUUCUUCCAGCUGUAAAUGUAGUUCUUUCUUAGCAGUGCUUUGUUUAGGAAUAGCUUGGGCAUGUUGGCUGGGAUGGAUAAUUAUCAGGGAGAAUACUUCAUAUGUGUCUUGUCUUUUCCAUACCACUGGCUUACUCUAAUCAUUCCCUACUACAGUAAUUAGUUGCAGACUGAACAUGUUCACUGGUUAACUCUUUUACAGUGGCUGUGUUUUAACAUAUGAGUAAGGUCAGUACCUGAGGUAUAAGUGCAGCAAAAUAACUAAUGAAUGCUAAUUAAUUUAUUAUUAUGACUUAAAUUCUUGAAGUGUGUUUGUGUAAAAUUUCUGUUCAUUAUAAAUGAAGAAUGAAGUUCAGAUAGGGAAAGGCUCAUCAAAAGUCCAUUUUAAUUCUAGCUAAUUUAUGGAAUAAUUGCUAAAUGAUCUUAAAAUUUGUUUUGUGUUUGACAAGUAUUACAGAUUGGGGAGACAGGAAUAGCAUUGUUUGAUCUAUGAUGGUGGUUUGGAUGUAAAUGUUUUGAAUUAUGAUUUUAAGAAUAAAACUUAAUUCAAUCAUAACUAGGUGAGGUAUUGUUGCUUGAGUAUUCACUUAAUAAAAUUCAGAUACUAUUCUUAAUAUUUUUAUAGACCUUCAAAGUAAUGUUACUUUGCACAGCCUAUCUCUUUUACAUCUGUUUCUCAGAUUUUUUUUCUAUCAUGUUUCACUUUUAGAAUAUUUUUACUUUCAUAAUUAGAAAUAAUAUAAGUGAUUAUAAGUUAGUUGGAUUCUGGCUUAAGUAUUCCACCUAACAAAGCUUGCAUUCUGACUUCAUGUUACCUGAAAAAACCUGUGCAAAACUCCUGUUUUAGAAGCAAACUUGUAAACACUUAACAGUAAUGGAUCAGAUGCAACAAAUACUGACAGAGAAGCCUUUAAGUAAAGUACAGAUAUCCAUUAUUUUAUGGUUUAUUGUUGUUUGCUGUUUGUCUAAUGAUGUGUUUUUUCCUUCUUUUUUUUUUUUUCUUCUUUUACAGUCAAUCAAGAAGAAUUUAUUGCUAUUAUGACCGGAGAUAUUUAGUAUUAGAAGAAAAGAAAUUAACACAGCA